AUGUUAGAUAUUCAAAAGUAUAAAAUAUCCAGAGAAAUGGAUAAUUUAUAUACAGAUAUUAUUGAAGAUUUUAUUAAUAAAUAUGAUCAUAAAAUGGUACCUAGAAUUGUUUCAUUAAUUGAUAUGGAUGCUUUUUUUGCUCAAGUAUAUCAUGUUGAAUACAAUAUACCCAGAGAUAAACCAUUAGCUGUAAUACAUAAUCAUACAGUAUUAGCAGUUAAUUAUCCAUCCAGAGAAAAAGGAGUUAGUCGAAAAAUGACUAAAGAAGAAAUUUUAUCAGUAUGUCCUGAAAUUAUUAUACCCCAAAAUGCAUUUUUGGAUGUAAGAGGACAAUAUUUACAAUUAUUUGACGAUGAUUUAAACCAGUCUAAUCAACACCACAUAAAAAAUCAAAUUACUUACCAGAAAUUAUCAUUAGAUAUAUUUAGAAAGGCUUCCAGAAUGAUUUUUUCUAAAUUAAAAAGUUAUUUACCAACUUGUAAUGCUCAAAUUGCUUCAAUUGAUGAAAUAUUUUUUGAUUUAACUGAUAUUAUUAGAAAGAUUUUUGAUACAAUUAAAGCUUAUAUAUCUAAUCAUGAUUAUCAUAAUUUUACUUAUUUUGAUCAACUCAAAUCUGAAAUUUGUAUUAAUGAAAUUAAUACAAAUUUAUUAUUAAAUGAUCAUAUUCAUUUUGAUAACUUUAUUAAAGUCUUAUUUCCUGAAUUAUUUGAUGAACAAGUUCUAUCUAAUAUAUUAAACAUUUUAUAUCCAGAAAAUGAUCAUGAAAUUAAUAAUUAUAAUGAUAUAUCUAAAUCCUAUUCUAUUUAUUGUUAUAAAUUACCUAUCAAAAAUUUAACUUUCCAAGAAAUGUGUCUAAUACUUGCAUCAAUUCUUAUAUAUAGAGCAAGAAAAAGAUUAAAAGAAGAAACUACUUACACAUGUAGUUCUGGUAUUUUUUUAAAUAAGAUUUAUUCUAAAAUGGUCUCCUCAUUAAAAAAACCUAAUGGUCAAACUGUAUUAUUACAUAGAUGGUUUGAACCUUAUAUAAAAGAUACUUAUAUACUUAAAUUAAGAUUUUUAGGUGGAAAAUUAGGUAAAUCUCUUAUAGAAAAAUUCCCAGAAAUUAAAACUAUUAAAGAUUUACAAAAACUUACUCUUAAACAACUUAUUCAUCAUUUUGGUGAAAGAAAUGGAUUAUAUUUAUUUAAUUCAUCAAGAGGUAUAGAUGAUGAUCCUGUUGGUAAUAAUUUUGAAACUAGUAAUAGUUUACAAUCUUCCAAAAUAUUUCGAAUACCUUUAAAUAAUUAUAAUCAAAUAGAAAAUUGGCUCAAAAUUUUUUCUUGUGAAAUAUUUUAUAGAAAUCAAAGUAAUUAUCAGAUUUCUAAAAGGAAGCCUACAAAGAUUACUGUUAAAAUAAAAAUAAAAAAUAAUAUAGUAAAAACUCGCACUGGAGAUUUAAUAUAUAAUUCUGAUAUACCUAAUAAAAAUAAUAUUUUUGAAUCAGCUAAAAAUAUUAUUUUAAAUAAAUUUGGUUUAAAUAUAUUUCCAUGCAAAUUUUUAGGUAUUUCUAUAAGUGGUUAUAUAAAAUGUAAUAAAAAUGAUGAUAAUUUUAAAAUAGAAUUUAAAACUUGCAAUAUUAAUCAAUUAAGUAAUAAUAAAUCAAUUAUAUUAAAAAAUUCGAAUUUUUCAAAUAUAGAAAAUGAAUACUUAAAGUUUGAUAAUGUUUUAAUGGAUGCAAUAAAUAAUGAGAUUUUUAAAGACAAUGAAAAUGAAAAUAUCUCAUCUAUACCCAUAAAAGAUGAUUCAAUAAUAGAAUCAAAAUAUAUUUAUAAAGAUUGGCCAUUUGUAAUUGGGAAAGAUUCUAAUAAAAGAAAAGGUAAGAAAAAUAGUUCAAGUAAUAAUCAGGUAAAUAUUCAAUUAAGUUCCAGAUCACCAUGUAGAUCAGUUAGAUUAGUAAAUAAGAAGAAUGUAAUUUCAAAGUUAACUCAGUAUAAACAAACAAAGUUAAAAUUUACAUUACCUUAG